AUGGUCCCCAUCGGCGCCACGCCCUCGCUCAAGCGAUCGGCAUCUUGUGAUGUGCCGCUCGGCAACCGUGCCAGGACAGCUGCGACCGUGCCGCUCGUCAAGCGGCAGCGCGACAGCACUCCUUUCAGAGAAGUGUGCGCGCCUGAUCAGGAGCUCAUUGCUGCAUCUACCAGAGUCUUCAAUGUGCCAGAGAUUCGCUCGGCCAUAUACAAGCUGGUCGAUAAGCGUACUCUGUGCACUUUGAUGCGCUUGAGCCGAGAGGCGUUGGCGGGAGCGGCGGAAAUCUUGUACGCGCAGAUCGAUGGGGAAUUGUUUGAGCGCAUAAACCGCAACACCAGACAUAACAUGCCGACCGUCCAGGAGCGGGGUUUACUGUACUCGAACUGCGUCCGCCACCUCGACCUCAGUCCCCUCUUCAUCGACGCUCGGAUCUCUUCUCCCUCCUAUUUUGACUUCGAUCAGGUCGCCCAGUCCCGCGCCAAGCACCCUUACCUCCUCAGCAUCACGUACAAGAACCCCUCUCAUCGGCUCAGCGACGCCUACACCGUCCAUCUUGACGACGAAUCCAUCUCGGUCGAGAUCGAGAGCAAACCUCUCAUCGCCGUAUACGGACCCCCUCCCCAAUCCUGCAACAUCCAGUUCCCGCGAGACUACACGGUCCCCGGACUAUCGGUACGACAUACCUCCCACAUCCAGCUGGUCUAUCAUAGCGAUGAUGCGUUGAACUCCUGUCUCGAUAUGGAGGACGAUUACGAGCAUCUGGCGCAUUGGUCGGAAUGGCUUUUCCGGAACUCCUUGGCUGACCCUCGCAUCACGAGCAUCGAAGACCUCGAGACUGCGCAUUCGGACGGUCCCCCAAUUGUGACCAUGAAAGACAUCCAAUCCUGGAUGACACAUCGGAACCUCGUCGGUCUACCUCCCCUAUCCUAUUUUUCCCUUCCCGAAGUCAUAUAUCUCCACCGUCCUGCAACCCUCUCGUCCUCCGUUGGACCCCAAAUGACAUCUCUUUCCGUGGACGCAUCACUCUUCAACCCGGAGGACCCGCAAGACAUGAUCAACGUUAUCGAUACGUCUUUUCCCCGCCUCGAGCAUCUCAUCAUCCGUGGUUGUUACCUCCUCGUCGGCGACAUCGCCGACCUGCCCGCCCUGUCAGGCCUACCGCAUCUUCGUCGGCUCGUCAUCGAACACAUGCCAUGGAAUGACUGGGAGUCAGGGGCAAUUGAAUACUACCGGCCGAAAUUGCUUCGUCACCUCACUGGAAUCGGCAACGAGAACACUGUCGUCGAUAAUCUGGCGUACGCUGAGGCGAGCAAGGUGUUUGAUGAACUCCUUCGAAUCCGCAGGCGGCUGGUGAUAGAAGGGGCGGAUCGAAUAUGGGAGGUCGAGAGAUAUGACGCCGUGGUGGCUCGUGUAGAUGAGUUGAAGGGGAAGCUAGACGACGUGGAGAGGCAGUCAUAUAGAUGCCUGGCUGGGCGUUAA